GAGACAGCGCACACAGACAGCAGCAGGCAGGCGGGGAGUCGCUGACGGAGAGAGGGCAGGAAUAAGACGCAAUAAGAACAAUAAUAAUAAUAUCAAUAAGACCAGUAAACUUUCGGAACCAUGACGCUGCGGGACGAGCUUUUAAAGUCUAUCUGGCACGCAUUCACUGCUCUGGAUGUGGACAAAAGCGGCAAAGUCUCCAAAUCUCAACUGAAAGUGCUUUCCCAUAACCUAUGCACAGUGUUAGGCAUCCCACAUGACCCGGUGGCACUGGAAGAGCACUUUAAGGACGAUGACGAGGGUCCGGUGUCCAAUCAGGGCUACAUGCCGUACCUCAACAAGUUCAUCCUGGAUAAGGCCAAGGAUAACUUUGACCGCCAGGAGUUCAAUAAAAUGUGCUGGACGUUGUGCUCCAGGAAGAACCUGGAUCAAAAACAGCUCUUCAUCUCCGGCGACGACGCCUUUAAGAUAUGGUGCAUAUUCAACUUCCUGUCUGAGGACAGAUACCCGCUGAGCAUCGUCACUGAGGAGAUAGAGUACUUCUUGCGUAAGUGGACGGAGGCGAUGGGAGGAAGCUGGGUGGAGGAACGUUUCGAGGACUUGAAGUUGCAGCUGAACUCAAAGCAGCAGUGCCUGAAUGUUUGGGAGCUCAUCACCCUGGUGGGUUCAGGUCACUUCAGUAAGGGCAUGGACCAGCAGACGCUGUCCAUGGGCAUCAACGAGGUCUACCAGGAGCUCAUCCUGGAUGUGCUGAAACAGGGGUAUAUGAUGAAGAAAGGUCACAAGAGGAAGAACUGGACAGAGCGCUGGUUCGUGCUGAAGCCUGGCUUUAUUUCAUAUUAUGUUGGUGAGGACCUCGCAGAGAAGAAAGGAGACAUCCCGUUGGAUGGAAGCUGCACUGUGGAGUCUUUACAAGACAAAGAGGGAAAGAAGUGCCUCUUCCUCAUCAAGUCGUCUCAAAAAAGCUUUGAAAUCAGUGCCUCAGACAAGAAGAAGAAGCAGGAGUGGAUCCAGGCUAUUCAGACGUGCGUGAACCUGCUGCGCCAGGGCCGGCCCGCGCCGCACUGCGAAGCCCGACAGAAGCGGCGAGAUCUGCGGCUCAAGCAGCAGGCCGAGCAGGAGGAGCUGGAGCUGAGGAUGAGGGAGCUGCAGACAGCAAACGAGGCCAAACAGCAUGAGCUGGAGAACAUGAGGAAGGCUCUGGAGGAAGCGGCGGCUAAGGCGGCAGAGGAAGAGAAAAAACGCCUCCUGACCCACACUGAACUCCAGGACCGCUACAGGGUUGAGCUGGAGAGAGAAAAAAUGGUACGACAGGAGAUGGAGGAGCAGGUGGCCCAGAAGUCCUGUGAGCUGGAGCAGUACCUGCAGAGGGUCCAGGAGCUGGAGGACAUGUACCAUAAGCUGGAGGAGGCUCUGGAGGAGGAAAGGCGUGCCAGACAGGAUGAGGAAACUGUUCGUAAGCUGCAGGCACGGCUGCUUGAAGAGGAGGCGGAGAAGAGAGCGGAGCUGGAGCAGAUCCACCUGCAUCAGCAGCGGGCCAUCUCUCAGACCGAGGCGGAGAAACAGGAGCUGGAGAAGGAGCGUCUGGCCAAGGAGAACGCCCUGAAGGCUGCCAUGCAACAGCUGGAGGAGCUGGAGCAAGAGAGGCAGGGAGCGCUGGAGCAGUACCAGACGGUGAUGAAGAAGCUGGAAGAUGCAGCCAACAACACCAGGACAUGGAAGCACAAAGUGGCUGAACAGGAAGGGAUGCUGCGGCUCAUCCAACCAGGUUCCAAGGCGCCGCAGAAGAUCACCAACUGGGGUCCGGCAGCUUUCUCUGAGGCGGAGCUCAGUCUGCGGGAGAAGCAGUGGCAGGAGAUGAAGAACCAAGCUGCGCAGGCUCAGUGAAGCUGCCGCCGGGCUUCGGUCUCAGACACGUCACUAAGUCUAAAUAAGAAGUGUUGUGCUCAGUAAAACAUGCAGGAGGUGACUGGACAAAAAACCCCAACCCUGGGGACUGGAUUUUCCAACGUGAUAUAAAUACCUGGUUUAUUAGAGGACGGCGGUAUUUUGAUAUCAUUAGGGCAUUAAUUAAUCGAUACAGUUGGUUCCAUCCAUUGAAUCUUUAGUGUUGUCUGCGAGGUAGCGAUAGAAUAAGCCGCCGUAUGCCGCUCUUACUGUACAACACUAAAAGACCAGAGCUAUAAUCUCACGUCACGUGCCAAGUUCAGCUUGAAUCCGGUAAAAUCGGGCCCCCGGCGGGAAAAGAGUGCCGCGGGAGCAGCUUUGUUUCAGCGUAAUUUGUUUGUAGCCGUGUUUAGCAGACCGUCCCAGGCUCUAACUGUAGGAUGUAAAUACAAGACAGCUGUGGUGCUGCAGUAGUAGGUGUUAGGGGUUAUCCAUCGAUCUGAGAUGCCUCCACAAACACAGGUGUAUGCGGCACACGGUCAACAAACUGAAUCGGCCUAAAACCCAAUCAAGUUUUUCUAAUGAUUUCCAACGUUUGUUCCCAUAAGCAGAGGUCGGGCUUUUUUUAUUCACCCAGCACACUAAUGCAUCGGUAUCAAUAAAGCAAGUAGACAUGUUAUGCCUUUUGUUUAUCCGGUCAUUUUAGCUUCUACGGGUGGGUUUUCUCGGCACUUCCGGUUCAGAUGGAGUUGCACAAUCCAGCAAUGACAACACCCAACCUUUAAUUAGAGUUCAUUUAACCAGUGUAUUUAGGCAGAAUCAAAUUUUCUUUCAUUUUCUUGAUGAAAAGCCAAACGAGGACACCUGUUCAGGUUUCUAGUAGAGACCCACCAAUUUUUAUUAGAAAUUUCCAAAGAUGCCAGAACAUGAUGCAGUUCAACAACGUUUUAAUGGAUUUUGGAAGGUAGUGCCACACGUUUCUUUUUUUUAUGCCAGUCUCACAAUCUUAAGCCCACUUAAAAUCAUCCUUUUGUUCAACAAUCUGGACGUUUAUCAAGCCUCAAGCGAUCAAAUGAAAGAUUGUGACGCGGAAUUGGUGGGUUGAAGGUGGUCCAUGAAUAUUACCCGUUUGAUCCACCUGGGCGGGUUAAUAACCGCGGAACCACUAUGAACUGUAAGGUGGUGGGACUUAGGAGAAAGCAAAGACACAGCAGCAGCAGCACAAAGUGGAGAUAUUGUGUCAUCCGCCGGGCCUGUCUGAUCCGAGAAACCCGAUUGUCAAAGAAGAUGAACAUAGUAAUAUGCUGAGGAAGGUGUUCAGCACCAGUGGCGGUUCUAGACCAAAUUUACCAGGGGGGCCAAGGUGGGGCCAGUGUUUUUUCACAGGGGCACAGAACAAAAAAAUGAAACAAUAAAAUGGCAA